AUGUACUUAGCAGGCACACGCCUUAACCACUCGGCCAAAGCGACAUCGGGAAAUGCGAUAGAGAAACGAACCAUUGAAGUCGGUGCGGGCCCUACUUUUUUUUUUCUCUCUCUAAAUUCCCCACCCAACUCACUCCUCACACUCUCAUUAUUUGUGCUUCUCUCCUCAUUUCCUCCGCCACCGCCACCACCACAACUUCCUCCGAUGGAGACGGCGGCGGAGCCAGAACCGAAGACCUACUGGUGCCAUGAAUGUGACAUGAGCGUGUCCCUCACGCUCCCUCCCUCCCCUCUCCUUUGCCCCCACUGCCACACCCACUUCCUCGAACUCAUGGACUCUCCCUUCUCACUAAACGACGCCGAAUCACCGCUACUUGAUGUCGUUUUCCAGGACGCGCUCUUACUUCUCUCCCCCAAGCCCCUCCCCUCCAAAUCCCGUCCUCUCCCCUCCGUCCACGUCACCGCCGCGCUCCUCUCCGCUCUCGACCCCAACGGCGUCGUUCUCUGCGCCGUGUGCAAAGACCAAAUUGCCCUCGAUGCUGAGGCCAAGCAGUUACCCUGCAAACACCUCUACCACGCCGAGUGCAUCACGCCGUGGCUUGAGCUCCACGCAUCGUGCCCGUUGUGCAGGCUCCGCCUGGAGGAAGAGGCGGAGGAGGAGGAAGAGGAAGGUGACGGUGUGGUGACGGAGAUCCGGAGGGAGCUGAUCGCCAGGCUGACGGAGUUGACGGAGGAGGAUUUCUACGGGCUGAGGACCACGCUCAGCCACAUUGCCUCGCGUCACGCGCUCAUCGAAGAGAACGAGAACCGCGCCCAAAUCGGGGAACCUCGAGGUGGCGAACCGCCUUUGCUAUAA